AUGGAGAGUAUUACCUAUGAAGCUACUGUCAUAGGAGCUGGGCCCGGGGGGCUGGCAACCCUCGCAGCUUUGUGCGAUGCAGGUCUCAACCCGAUUUUAUGGAUUGACAGGACCUUCGAGGGAGGAAGACUCAACACUGUAUACCGAGAGAUAUCAUCUAACACUAAGAUUCGUGAUUAUUUGAAGGCGAUCUAUAGUUCUCCCGUUUGCGCUUCAAUCAUAAGAUCUAUUCCUGCCCCUAACGCUGUGACCAAACUUGAAUCUAUGAACAGAGACAAGACUUGCCAGCUCAGUUUUGCCGGAGACAUGGUCCUUAUGCUUGUACAUGGGCUGUUAGAGCCUUCUGAGGUCCAAAACGUUGAAGGUGCAGUCGAGAAGGCUUCUUUGAAUAGAGGCAUAUGGACUGUCUCAACCUCUAACCAGAGCUUUAAGACCACUCGACUCUUUAUGUGUACCGGUUCUCAACCCCAGAGAUCCAGUAUGCAUUACCCGUUUAAUAAAGAUCUGACCGUACUUGAUCUGGACGAGUGUAUGCUUCGCUCUCAUCUACCAUCCGCUCUUCCAAAGGACGGUAAGUCGGUGGUGGCGGUUAUUGGCAACUCUCAUUCCGGCAUCUUGUGCUGCAAAAAUCUUUACGAAAGUGCGAAGUCCAAAGAACGAGACAUCAAAAUUGUCCAUUUUGGCCGCAGACCAAUCAAAUACGCCAAGUAUGUCGACAACGGUAUUAUUUUCGAUAACACCGGGCUCAAAGGCAGCACCGCAGAAUGGGCCAAGGAAGCCAUGGAAAAUGACCCAGACCCAGAAAUCAUAGAACAAGUUGAUUUGAGCCAAAACCAAGAUUUGGCUUUUCGAGAACAUUUACCUCGUUGCACCUAUAUUAUUUAUGCAAUUGGAUACACACGUUCGCCAUUACCGGCACUAUAUAUUGACGGACAACCGGCUGGAGAGGAGCUCACAUUUGACAUGCGUUCAUCGGGGUUCCAUUACGGUGACAGGGCUGAGAGGGUCCAAGGACUUUAUGCUAAUGGCAUCGCUUUUCCAGAGGAAGUGAAAGACCCGGAAGGACAUGUAGAAGCUGCGGUGGGAAUCGCCAAAUUCUUCAGCUUUGCUGAACGGAUGAAGAAGAAUUGGCUGAGGCUUCAGUGA